UCCAUUGCGGCUAUCUCUGGAGGGGUCAUCAAAAUGUUCAAUGACAUGAAGAUGUGUAAGUUGUCAACACCAGAGGAGAUGAAGAAGGAAGAGAAGGUGGUGCUCUUCAGCCUGAUCGAGGACAAGAAGAACAUAAUCCUGGAAGAGAGCAAGGAGAUCCUAGUAGGUGAUGUGGGCCAGACUGUAGACAACCCCUACGCCACCUUUGUCAAGAUGCUGCCAGACAAAGGCUGCCACUGCGUCCUCUAUGAGGCAAUCUAUGAGAUCAAGGAGAGCGAGAAGGAGGACCUGGUGUUCAUCUUCUGGACCCCUGAGUGUGCAUCCCUUAAGAGCAAAAUGAUCUAUGGCAGCUCCAAGGAUGCCAUUAAGAAGAAGCUGACAGAGAUCAAGAUGAAUUACAAGCAAACUUGUAAGGAGGUCAAGGACCCCUGCACCCUGGCAGGGAAGCUGGGGAGCAAUGCCAUCAUCUCCCUGGAGGGCAAGCCUUUGUGAGGUCCCUCCAGCCUCCUGCCUGGAGCAUCUGACAGCUCCAGACCUGCAUAUGGCAGUUGCAGGCUGCCCCCUUACUGCCAGACCUGAGGGGCUGGGGGGAUCCCAGCAUGAGGAGGGCAGUUCUUUCACCCCAGUUGCCAAACAGCCCCCCCACCCCCUGGAUCUUCCUCCUUCUCCCUCC